CCGGGGCGGAUGCUGGCAGGCGCCGCGACCCCUCGCGUGCCCACGCUGCCGCCGGAGCGACCUGUCUGCCGGCCAUGCAGGAGCCCCUGCUGGGCGCCGAGGGCCUGGACUAUGAUACCUUCCCCGAGCAGCCGCCCGCCUCGCCGGGAGAGACGCCGAGAGGCGGGGUCCUACAGAACAGAAAGGUGAUUCUGGCCACGUUUGCAGCCGUGCUGGGCAACUUCAGUUUCGGCUAUGCCCUGGUCUUCACGUCCCCGGUCAUCCCAGCCCUGGAACGGUCCUCUGAUCCUGCGCUGCACCUGACCAAGAUCCAGGCAUCCUGGUUUGGGUCCAUCUUCACCUUGGGAGCGGCGGCCGGGGGCCUCAGCGCCAUGGCCCUCAACGACCUCCUGGGCCGGAAGCUCAGCAUCAUGUUGUCGGCCGUGCCCUCUGCGGCCGGCUACGCGCUCAUGGCGGGCGCGCACGGCCUCUGGAUGCUGCUGCUGGGGAGGAUGCUGACCGGCUUCGCUGGCGGGCUCACCGCGGCCUGCAUCCCGGUGUAUGUGUCUGAGAUUGCCCCACCCAGCGUCCGCGGGGCCCUGGGGGCCACGCCGCAGCUCAUGGCCGUGUUUGGAUCUCUGUCUCUCUAUGCACUCGGCCUCCUGCUGCCCUGGCGCUGGCUGGCCGUGGCCGGGGAGGGCCCUGUUCUGGCCAUGAUCCUGUUGCUCAGCUUCAUGCCCAACUCACCACGCUUCCUGCUGUCGCGGGGCCGGGAUGAUGAGGCGCUGCAGGCGCUGGCCUGGCUGCGGGGGGCCGCGGCCGACGUGCGCGCCGAGUUCCAGCAGAUCCAAGACAACGUGCACAAACAGAGCAGCCGAGUGUCGUGGGCCGAGGUCCGGGACCCCCGCGUGUGCCGCCCCAUCCUCAUCGCGCUGCUCAUGCGCUUCCUGCAGCAGUUGACCGGCAUCACGCCCAUCCUCGUCUACCUGCAGUCCAUCUUCAGUAGCACGGCCGUCCUGCUGCCCCCUGAGGAUGACGCCGCCAUCGUGGGCGCCGUGAGGCUCUUGUCUGUCCUCAUCGCCGCCCUUACCAUGGACCUGGCCGGCCGCAAAGUGCUACUCUUUGUGUCUGCCACCAUCAUGUUUGCUGCCAAUCUGACGCUGGGGCUCUAUGUGCAGCUUGGCCCCAGGUCCCAGAGUGCCAAUGGAACAGUGGGCCUUGAGGGCAUGUUCCUGGGGGCCACGGAGCAGCCCCCAGCCACGCCCCCCAGCUACCUCACCCUUGUGCCCCUGCUGGCCACCAUGGUCUUCAUCAUGGGCUAUGCCAUGGGCUGGGGGCCCAUCACCUGGCUGCUCAUGUCCGAGAUCCUGCCCCUGCGUGCCCGCGGCGUGGCCUCGGGGCUCUGCGUGCUGGUCAGCUGGCUCACUGCCUUCGUGCUCACCAAGUCCUUCCUGCCGCUGGUGAACACCUUCGGCCUCCAGACACCCUUCUUCUUCUUUGCCGCCGUGUGCCUGCUGAGCCUGGUGUUCACGGGCUGCUGCGUGCCCGAGACCAAGGGCCGUUCGCUCGAGCAGAUCGAGGCUUUCUUCCACACGGGCCGGAGCCCCAUCCUGCACUAGGCUGGGGACCCACGGGGCACCGCCACCCCUGCCACUCUGCUGGCCCCGGCGGGCACGUGGGCCACGGCAGAGCACACCAGGGACCAUGCCCCGCCAGGCUGAGAACGGGCCACUGCCCGUGGAGGACGUGGUGAGGCUGGAGAGAAGAGGGCUGUGGGUGGCCCGUGGGCAGGAUGCUGGUGCUGUGUUGUGAUGACAUGGCAGCAUGAAGUGCCUUGGCUGUGGGUCUGGACCCACCGGGGCCCUGCAGGCGGAGACAGUUCCACCCUGCAGAGGCCAAGGGCGGGACGCACAGGCAGCCAUGGCCUUCUCCUCAGUCCUGCCUUGGGGUGCAGGCGCUCCCCUCCAUGCACAGCGCCCUUCUUAUUUAUAUUAAUAAAGGACGUGGGCCUGUGGCUCGAGAGA